CUGACACCAUCCGGGACGUCCCCGGGGGAAGUAGCCUACUGUCAUUCCGGGACUAGAGGGUAUAAAGGACGCCUGCCACCGAAACUGGGAGGUCAUUCAAUAUCAACGCGCAGUCAUCAGCAUGUCUGAAGAGAAGAAGACGGUUCUGAUUACUGGGUGUACCACCGGGAGCAUCGGCGAUGCGCUUGCCCGAGAGUUUCACGCACGAGGAUACCGGGUCUUCGCUGCAUCGCGUCGGCUAGAAACGAUGGAGAGUCUCGCCAAAGAAGGCAUCGAGACAAUCAAGCUGGACCUUGCCAACGACGGGGAUAUUCAGGAAGCUGUCAACGAGAUUGGCAAGCGUACUGGCGGAAGCUUGGACAUUUUGGUCAAUAACGCCGGAGUCGGAUACACGGCAUCUAUAGCGGACAGCGACAUGGACAAGGUCCGCUCGCUGUUCAACAUCAACGUCUUUGGCCAUUACGCCGUGACCCGCGUCUUCAUCCCGCUUCUUAUCAAGGCGGACCAUGGCCUCGUCGCGUUUAACUCGUCCAUCGCUAGCGUCGUCCCGCUGCCUUACAACGGCGCGUAUAGCGCCUCGAGGGCGGCCAUCAACGCACUCGGAGACACCUUGCGCGUCGAGCUGGCGCCCUUCGGGGUUAAGGUGGUCAAUCUCCUUACAGGCUCCACCAAGUACAACCUCGAUACGUCGCCAGCCGUCGAAGCAGGUCUUCCCCACAGCUCGAUUUACAAGCCCGUCGAGCAUACCUAUAGAGACAAGGUCUCGCGCUACCAGGAGGGCGCCAUGCCCACCGACGUAUAUGCGAAAGCCGUAGUCGGCGAGCUCCUGAAGGCGUCGCCUUCGCCCUGGUUCUGGUACGGAGCCCAUUCCACUAUGGCAUGGUUUCUCGCGACGUUCAUGAAGCGUGCUGGCUUUAAUGAGUUGAUCAGCAAAGAAUAUGGGUUAAACAAGCUUGCGGAAAUCGUUCGUUCUUGACAUCCGUAGGAUUCGAUCUACCGAUUCGGUCCUCCUUAUAGUUAUUGCCCCUCUCCCUAACUUGUUUUCUCCCACGUCCACAUGUGAGCAACUUAGGGUAAGAUGCAGAUAAGCGUGGGGUCUGCCUACAGCGAGGUUCUUUGAUUAAGUUCUUG